AACCCUAAACUUGACUUCUGUGGUACAGGUGAAAUAUUCUAUAGUAUGGCAUUAAACACCAAUGAAAUAAAUAAAACGCUUUUUUAUAAUGAUCAUUGCUGUUUCAGGAUCGUGAAAAACAAGAGCAGCUGAACGAGGUGUUGACUGGUUACAGUACAAAUGGUCUCCCAGGCUUACCAGACUUGAUGCGUAUCCCAGGACAGCCUGUCUACCCCACGGAGCUUUUUGAGCUGGAGGCACACUGGAGUUCACUGGUCGCCAAUGCUUCCAGUCUGACAAAAAGGCAGCAUGAUCAGCAAGAGGCUAUCUGGGAACUGCUUCAGACAGAAGUUCAGUAUAUCAAGUCUCUCAAAGUUAUCACAGAUCUCUUUAUCUCAGUCUUGUUAAAUUUGCAACAAGAGUUGGUGUUAAAUGAGAUUGAGACAGAAAAAUUGUUCAGCAAUAUAAACCAGAUUUACCUAGCCAACUGCAAAUUCUGGAAAGAGCAUUUUCUGACAGUUCUAGAAAGUACAAGGGAAACUAGGAAACCUCUAGAUCCAUCACUGAUGAAAGAUGGUUUUAAAAAGUUUGCUGAUAACUUCAAACCUUAUACCAAAUACUGCUUAGAACAAAAACCAUGCCUGGAUUACAUGAAGGCCAGGUAUAAGGACAAUGAUCUCUUCAAAGCCUUUGUUGUGUGGGCAGAAGCUCAGAAGCAGUGCAAUAGACUAAAACUGACAGAUUUGCUGGUUAAACCGAUGCAACGGCUGACAAAGUAUUCCCUCCUACUGCAAGCUGUACUCAGAAAAACAGAGGACGAUAAGCAACGCAGAGCCAUCUUAGAAAUGAUAGGAAAUGUGGACCGUUUUGUUACUCAUGUGAAUGGGGAGCUGAGAAAGUGUCAUGAGCAGGAGCGGCUGGGGGCCAUCAUCAGUAAGAUAGAGUCCUAUGAUGCGGUGGAGCCCCCCAAUGACGAGUGCAAAGAGGUGAUCCAGCAGUACUGUGAGCUGAACCUGUGGGACCCCAUGCCUGGCUGUAACGCUCAACAACCCCGCUGUGUCAUCAUCCAGUCUGGGCUCAAGCUGAAGGAUGCUCAGAUGAGGUCUAACAUUAAGAUGAAGUUAUAUUGCUGGGGAUAUAUGUGUAUAGCGGUCACUAUUAUUUGGGUUUUACGUGACCUUCAACAGGUGGAUGUGGAGUGCAUGUUGUUCACUGACCUGUUACUGCUGUGUAAAGCCAGCAAGAGGAUGGACAAGUUUAAGGUCAUCAAACCUCCCAUGAGAGUGGACAAGAUUGUUGUCCAGGAGCUUAAAGACAAAGGGAGCUUCUUACUGCUGUACUUGAAUGAGUAUCGUGUGCCCGUGUCGGCAUUCACCUUCCACGGAGACAACGCCUCAAUACGUGUCUGGAUUGAACACAUUAAAAAAGCUCAGGAUUUAUACAGUGAAGCCAAAAUGGCCUCCAUGCGAGGAGGUGACCCGUUGUUUUCCUCAGACGCCUCCACGACGUCUCCCAACAGCCCUAGCUCCUUCCUGGGGGAGAGUGUAGAUGGGGGUACAUUCAUUCAUCCUCACAGUGUGGAGCCCUCGAUGUCAGAGUUCCCGCAUUCUAUGCGACCACGGGCAUACACAGUCGGAGCAAACGAUGAAGACGAGGAUGAGGACGAAGUAGAUGACGCCUCAUCCAGUCACACGUUGCCUCGUGAGGUUGUUCUUACAGAGCACAAGCUUCAGCAUUCAGCCUCAGCACCCACUGAGAGUGCUGGGAAGGAUUCUCAGGAUACAGACAGCCCAAAACACCGACACAAAGUUAAGAAACAUUCCAUGUCCUUACCCCUGGGGUCCGUUCAACCAGACAUCGUCAGUGCUGAGCUGGCCGAGAACGUGUUUCAGUCGACAAAUGAAGAUGAGGCAGCUAAGUUAAAGUUACACCAGCGCAGGACAUCACGCACGGAGCGUCGCUACCACACUGCUGACGCCAUACGGGAAAUGGAGCGACGUGACGAAGAUAAAGACAACAGCAUUCAUAAACGUUUGUCAUGGAAUUUAGGCAUGGUGGACAUCAAUUUAGAAGAAAAACGUGUUGGUUUAAAAAACAAAGCGUUUAGUAGUGACUCCUUGCGGAGUGUCCAUAGCUCAAGUGGUGUAAGCUCUACCGGCUCUCUUCACCUUAGUCCCGACAGUGAAAUCUCUGAAGAGUCUGAGACGAACUCUGUCAAAGCCAGUCCUGCUUUGAGCCGGAGCAUGAAUACUAGCACAGACAGCCCUAUGAACAUGUCUCUGGAGAUACCGGAAGACACAGCUGGUUCUUACAAUCCAGUUUCCGUGGAAACAGAAGAGAACAAGCUCAGCCCCGAUGACAAACAUUCCAAAUCUAAAUCCACAUCAGACAUUGCUAACUUGAUGGGAGAGUUAACGACCAGUCAGUUGAAAGACGGAAUUUCCUCAGUGGAGUUACCAAGGAUUGGAGUUCAUUCCAAGAAACUCAGUUACUCUCAAAUGUUACUGGUGAAGAAACAGUUAUUGCUCAGCUCAGACCUAGAAGCCUCUGAGGUGUGAUGACGUCAGAACCUCGGCCGUCUAUGUGAAACUUGCCCCUCCCCUGGGGGUAUGACCUGAUGGAGAGCUCAUUUGUUCCUCAGGAUAUGGUGCUCCUAUACUGAUCUACUAGAAUAUUUAUAUACUUAUAUACUUAUUGACAUUUGAACUCUCAUGGACCCAUCCAUGGCAACAUAUGUGAGACCUGGCUUUCUAAAGGAAACACAAAGUCCCGACUCAAGCCAUGUAUAAUGGUCAAGGGCCACAUGCAGUACUCCAAGGUUAAAAGGUCGUGGUCAAAUCUUGUGCUUAAUACGGGACUGUAAAUAUCUUUAUAAUUCAAGAGUUUUGUGAUGAAAGCCAGUGAGUUUUUGGAAAAACCCAGCUCUUGUAUAAUGCAACUAACGUCAUUGUGACAAAUGAUGGUGACCUAUGGAAUUCUUUCAUAGAAUACAUGUACAGUCAUUUACACUAAGGUACAGAGAGAUCAAGAACUGACACACUGUUACAGGAUUACCAUGUACAAAUUCACCCCUCCCAAACACACCAACUUCCAACCCUACCCCCAAGGUGUGACUUAGAUGUUGCAACUGCCGUCCAGUCGUGACAAGUUUCUGGUGUAGGUACAGGGAGAAAAUGUCAGAUUUGAGAAAACCACACCCACAUCACCAUAGCCUUUCAAAUUACAGAUAACAUAUGAGAAGUUAUGUUACAGCUUGUAACUGAAAAGGGCUUACUGUUAUCAAUUUAGUACUUGUUAAGUCGUUAAUACUUAGGUGAUGUCAUGUAGUGAGAUGAGCAGUGCAUUUGUAAGUACAUGUAUGUAGGCACCUGAAUUUUCUGAAUUAAUUUUCCAUCAUCUUUCAUAAUUCCCAUCCUGGGUUUGAACACACAUUGUCCAGUUCUGUCAGCCUAGCAAAGGCGCAUACUGGAAUAUUUUAAAACCAUUUAAAUCCAUGAUUUUGGAGUGCAUUGUACUUAACUGUUAUGGUGGUCAGAAAAGCAGCUUUUUAUUCUGCAUUAACACAGUCUUAUACUAUACUAUACUUAUACUGUACUACCAAAAAUUUAUAUUGUACCAUUCCUUAAAUAAGAAAUGCAGUCUUGCCAUAUUGUUGCCAAAUUUGUUGGUGAUGAAUAUAUAAUCUGUAUGAUUUUGAAGCUUUUAAGUUCAUAAGAAGAUAAUAUGUAGUUUGUGAUCAUAGAAGUGGUAUUGUGAACACAGGACAAUACUGUCAAAUGAGGAUAAAGUGUAUUGUGUUAAUCUGGCAACAUGAAAGACAAAUGUUUGGUAUAAAAAAAACAACUUAUAGAACCCACAGUACUGUAAUUCUUCAACCUUUUCGCAUGUUUGCAAUGUGUUUAUUCAAACCUAUACUAGCUGAAGGCAUUAUUCAGAGUAGACUGAUAAAAUUACGCUUUUUGAAGCCCUGAAAUUUACCGGUCCAACCAAUGUAGUUAUGUCUCAAAAAUUAACUUAAAAAUGUGUAUAAAUAGCGCUGAAAGUUGCAAAAAGGUUGAGGAAUGAGGGUAGUUAACUCUUGCUCUCGUAAUGCACCAUUCAUCCCCUUUCAUUGCCCACGUCGAAAUCUCAGACAAGUUUAUAUCGUCGUAACUUUAGGAUUACAUGUACUAUGUUUGUUAAAUACAUUUACAAAAUAUACUGUAUAUGUACAUGAUCAACGUGUAUGUAAUGAUAUUUUCAGGUACAAAUUGAUCUGAAGGUAAUUUUUUUGACCAUCACAGGUUUAAACAGUUGUUAAAUUGAUGAAAGAAAAUGUAUCUUUGUACUACACACUGUAAAUCAAUGUCUUUUGACACUUUCAUUUAAGUGUUAUAUUGACAAAUUGAUUUUGAGAAGUUGUGACCCACGAAUUAAUGAAAAUAAGAAAAUGGAAAUCAUUCAUUUGCAUUAUGAUAAUGUUUGAUGUUAAGAAAACUUUUUAUAUAUGAACAGUCUACAAAACCUGUGCAAAUAUAAUAGAUGUGUGCAUUUCGAUGUAUAUCAUAUAGCUUAUUCAUGUACAUUUUUCAUGGUAAUUGCCAACCAGAUCUGCCAGGAAUGCAGU